UGUUUCUUCAGAGCAGCUCGAGCUUGCGUUGCUUGAAAAACUAACAAUUAUUCAGACGUUAUGAUUUUAUGCUGACUGCCCGGAGACACCGAGAAUUGUCGGCGAUGUUUGUUCGGUGUCAAUGAGCCGCAGAUAUAGCGCCGCCGAGCGGAGCGAUAAUAAUCAGAAUCCUGUGCUGCUGGAGUGCUGCGGCGGCCUCAACAACGUGGAUUACAGCAAGAUGGACAUAUCUCCAAUGCAAGAACUUGUAAAACACAUCAAUUUUCAAGACUCCAGCUUCUGUAUCGCUGUAGUGACCAUCAUGUUCAACCCUUUCUUCUGGAAUGUGGUGGGGAGAUGGGAGCAUCGUACGCGCCGUCUGUCGAGGCUCUUCGGUAGCUCUCACUUGGCCUGUUACUGCCUCGCUGUCGUCAUUAUUCUGCUCAACGUCUAUCGCAGCCACAGUAUGAUGGUGGUGAUGACGGCCCAGCCCAGGUGGGGGGUGCUGGCCAGGACGGACGUGUUCUACAUGGGAUUAGCAGUUUUGACAGUGGGCACUGUGCUGGUGGUCAGCAGCUUUCUGGCUCUGGGAUUCACCGGAACCUUCCUAGGUGACUACUUUGGCAUCCUGAUGGAGGAGAAGGUGACAGGCUUUCCCUUCAGCAUCAUGGAGAACCCCAUGUACUGGGGCAGCACCGCGAACUACCUGGGCCUGGCACUGAUCGGUGCCAGUCCCGUGGGUUUGAUCCUGACUGCCCUCGUCGCUGCGUCGUACAAAGUGGCAAUAAUAUUUGAGGGACCAUUCACCAAACACAUCUAUCAGCAGCAGAAUCAGCGCUGCAAGCAGGAGUAACCUCCGGCUCCGGCGCUGGACCAGGAUUCCCGUCUUACUACGACACACGUCCUUGAUGACUCGGUUAUCUCCAGCUCAGAUAUGGAAAGUGUUCCUACUGCAGCUCCCAACGUCCAGAGUCUUCAGAAUCAAGAUUAAAAA